GAAGAGAAUAAAAGGCCAGGGAUGUAGAACCGGGGUCAGACCGAACCGCUGAAAUGCAUUAUGCGAGUGAGCAAACACUCCCCGUUGCUAUCAUUUCCCCGCCAUUUUGUUCCAAGAUUUUGCUGCAGAACCUCUGUAGAGGCGCCACUACUGCUCACCAAGAAAACAUGCAUAGACCUCCUAAAGAGCUGCAAAUGGAUUCCCCAUUUCAAGCAAAUCCAAGCCCAGCUCUUCACCCAUGGCCACCACCAAAACAUCGACGUCCAGCACAAGGUCAUGGCCUUCGCCACUACCGAGGACUUGGCUUACGCUGAAAAGAUAUUUGCUCGAGUUGAACGCCCGACUUUGUUUAUUUACAAUGUGAUGAUCAAGGCACAUGCGAAAUCUGGCAGUUGGAGGAAAGCCCUUUUCUUGUUUGAUGAACUGCGUGUGCGGGGAUUGUGGCCCGAUAAUUACACGUACCCCUUCGUGUUUAAGGCCGUUGGAGGGUUGAGGCUGGUUCCUGAGGGGGAAAAGAUUCACGGGUUUGCGUUAAAAAGUGGGGCUUUGUAUGAUUGUUAUGUUUGUAAUUCGGUCCUGGAUAUGUAUGGGGAGUUAGGUUGUGUGGAGAGCUUGGGUAAAGUGUUUGAUGAAAUGCCCUUGAGAGACUUGAUUUCAUGGAAUGUUUUGAUCUCUGGGCUUGUGAAAUGUAACAGGUUUGAAGAUGCGGUUGGUGUUUAUAGAAGGAUGACACAAGAGUCGAGUUUGCAACCUGAUGAGGCUACGGUUGUAACCACUUUAUCAGCAUGUACGGCAUUAAAGAGUUUGAAUCUUGGUCGUAAAAUUCAUGAGUAUGUAAGUACACAGCUUGGUUUUACGAUGAUAAUUGGAAAUGCACUGUUGGAUAUGUAUGCCAAGUGUGGAUGCCUGGAUAUUGCUAGGGGGAUAUUCGAUGCUAUGCUAGAAAAGAAUGUCAUUUGUUGGACAAGUAUGGUGUCGGCAUAUGUGAAUUAUGGUCAUUUGGAUGAGGCUAGGGCAUUGUUUGAGAGAAGUCCUGUUAGAGAUCUUGUUCUAUGGACGACCAUGAUUAAUGGGUACGUACAGUUUAACAAGGUAGAUGAGGCUAUGACCUUAUUUAGGUACAUGCAAGUGGAUGGAAUUAAGCCGGACAAGUAUACAUUAGUUGCUUUACUCACUGGGUGUGCUCAAUUAGGCGCCCUGAAACAAGGUGAGUGGAUUCAUGCUUACUUGGAGGACAAUGGAAUGACUAUUGAUGCUGUGGUUGGUACUGCUCUUAUAGAGAUGUAUGCAAAAUGUGGUUGCUUAGAGAAGUCCUUGCAGAUCUUUUAUCAAUUGAACCAUAAAGAUACAGCCUUAUGGACUUCUAUAAUAUGUGCUCUUGCUAUGAAUGGAAAAAGUUCGAGGGCUUUACAGUUGUUCUCGGAAAUGAUACGAGAUGGGAUUAGACCUGAUGAUAUCACCUUUGUUGGUGUUUUGAGUGCUUGCAGUCAUGCAGGGCUAGUUGAGGAAGGCCGUAAGCAUUUUGAUUCUAUGACUAGGGUUUACCGGAUUGAGCCAAAGUUGGAGCACUAUGGAUGCCUGAUAGACCUUCUAGGUCGUGCAGGACUCCUAGAGGAAGCUGAGGACUUGAUAAAGAAGGUACCUAAUAAAGAUAACAAGAUUGUCAUCCCACUUUAUGGUGCUUUGCUCAGUGCUUGUAGGAAUUUUGAAAAUGUUGAUAUGGGAGAACGCAUUGCUAAGCAGCUACUGGAUAUUGAAUCCAGUGAAUCCAGCAGUCACACACUUCUGGCUAGCAUUUAUGCUGCUGCCAGCAGAUGGGAAGAUGUAACAAAAGUGAGAAGGAAAAUGACUACCCUAGGAUCCAAGAAGUUCCCGGGAUGCAGUGCACUUGAAAUUGAUGGAAGCAUCCACUAAUUCUUUGUCGGGACCUCACCUGCAGAUGCAAAUGCGAGCUCGAAUCCAUGCUGUGAGAACCACAAAUGCAGGAUGGUACGUUCUGAGAGUGAGAUCUGAAAUUCUCAAGUUCAAAUUCAAUUAUCAGGCAAAAUGUCCAGGUGCAGCAUACUCUGGAUUUCAUGAAGAAACAUGAAAGCUCUAUUGCCAGAGACAGUAAGAGAAACUGCUGCUGGAUGUUAUGUAGAGACAAGAUCAAUUAAAAACGAUGCACAGUAUAAUCCUUGUACAGCUGCGUUGAAGGUCUUGGUCAUAUGUUUCUGUCAACUCCAGGAAUUGCUAACCUAGUUACGCAGCUUGUGCUUUGGCUAAUUUUUUGUAUUGCAAUUAAGGCACAAAAACCAUUUGUGGGUUUCAUUACAUAUCUCAACAGUAGACUUGUAAUAUGCUGCAUAACCAUUUAUGGAUUUGCUCAUGUAUUCUUGUUUCCUCCUAAUUCUUUAAAAACCAAUCUGCACAUUCAAAA